GCUUUCACAUUAUACCACAGCCGCUUUCACGGCAGCAAUUUUUUUUUUUUUAACUUUCAGACGUAAAUUGCCAAAGUGGUACACUGUCAAGGCCAAGGUACACUUCCACAUGUCCAUUGCUGCUUGGCACAUUUAGACGAUUCGAUGCAUGGCACCUGCAUCCAACACGGGGUGGACACUGAGUCUCAGGUGUUCAAUUCCUUUUGACACGCUGAUUAAAUAAAGGCACCAUUCUUAAUAAUUGCGUCCCGUUUUAUAUUUACAUUCUGUUUGCAUGAAACUAGCCGCUCUACCAAUUUGGAAAGGCUGGCCCAGAAAGCCUUGUUUGGAGGACUAAUGUUUUGGGAGGACACCAAAUGGAUGCGGAGUUAACACAAUGUACUCAUUUGUUUUAUCUUUUCUUCGGCACUUGACUGAGCUCUGAAAUGUGUUGAAAAAUGAUACACGAUGCACGUCUGACAAAAGCUAUCAUCGCAGGUGUAGAAACGGUGCACCGGCGCAAACGAGGCUGCAGAAGGAGGGCAACAGGGAAAAAAAAGUGUGUGUGCAUGUGUGUGUGCAUGUGUGUGUGUGUGUGUGUUUGCUGCUGGCCGCAGUCACAGCUGGUUGCUGCAGAGGAAGCCCAGAUGGAGGUUCAGGUCCUGCCGCUCGCCGCUGUCUGCUACGAUCACCGAAGCCGGCCUCGCUGCCUGACCUCCCCGGGGGGGUUGAGGCACCGCAACACGCUCACCGUGACACACUAAUGCACACUUCUCAUUUGCGCGGAACAGUCAGGCAGGGCAGGAGGAGGGUUCGCACGAGAGCACGGCCCCUUCGAUAGAGCCGUGACACUAUCUGACCUGCUGCUGACACUCACACAGACGCACACGUCUGGCAAGGAACCCGAGGAACUGAGCAGGACAUUGAGGGAACGUGUGCCAAACGCUCUAAGUUCAUCCCGAAGAGACUUUGGGUUGAAAACGGACGGGUCUCCGACAUCAAAGCUAACAUCUUACGGAUACGUUGAAAGAAAAAAUAUCAAAGGGGAAACCAGGAAUAAGACCGCUGAAAUCCAAAUUGGCAAAGACAUGAAAGGAUGAAGACGAUGCAAUUUUGUUUCUCCUCGUUUUGGAACAUGGCAUCUCAUGGCCCCGGCAAGGUAUAAUUUAGCGGCUUGUUCUGUAGAAAGAUGGACAUUUAUGAGAAGAUGCUUGCCAAACUUUCUCAUUGUGAAAAACACGUUCGCCCCAACGGCGCUAUAAAUCCAAAGGCUUUAUCGAGUGCCUUCUUGUUUUCGCUUCAGUGAGUUUGUCUUCCCUAUUUGAAACCGGACAAGGAGUUCCCUUCUUUCUAAACUGCCAAAGUGCACAGAACGGCCGGCAGACAAGUUGACGAUUACAAUAUCAAGCGGUGAGGCUAAAAAACCGUUGGGAAAAUGUCUACUGAGGUCCAUCGGGAGUACAAGAAGAAGGUGAACCCAAAAGGUGGAACCCUGGCACUCAUCCCCACCGUGACGCUGGUCAGCCACAGAGAGCUGAGGACCAAAGACAUCCACCGGCACAGAGGCCUCAAUUCAAAGCUGGCCCCGAGUGUCCAACUCAGAUCUGGCGAAGGUAGCAGAGUGCAGAAGGUUGGAACAAUGCCAGAUUCACCUGCGGAUGUGAAAAGCCAGCCCAGGUCCACCCCACCAACCAUGCCUCCUCCACCCCCGGCAGUCAACCAAGCAACCAGUCGUAAUGCUUCUUUCACACCCACCACCAUGCUAAACGGGAGCAGCCACUCUCCCACAUCACUGAACGGCGCCCCGUCCACUCCGAACGGCUUCAGCAACGGGCCGGCCAUGUCGUCGACAUCCUCGUUGUCCAACCAACAGCUCCCGCCGGCGUGCGGCGCCCGGCAGCUCUGCAAGCUGAAGCGCUUCCUGACGACGUUGCAGCAGUUUGGCAACGACAUCUCGCCUGAGAUUGGAGAGCGAGUGCGCAGCCUUGUGCUGGGGCUGGUGAACUCGACACUCACCAUUGAAGAAUUUCAUUCCAAACUUCACGAAGCUACCAACUUCCCUCUGAGGCCUUUCGUCAUUCCCUUCCUGAAGGCAAACCUGCCCCUGCUGCAGAGGGAGUUGCUGCAUUGUGCCAGGCUGGCCAAACAGACUCCAGCACAAUACCUGGCCCAACACGAGCAGCUUCUCCUGGACGCCAAUGCCAGCUCACCUCUGGAUUCCUCGGAGAUCAUGUUGGAGAUGAAUGAGCAUGGCAAGAGGAGGACCCCUGACAGGACCAAAGACUCUUCAGAGAGAGAUGGCUUGCACCCCGAGCACCUUGCCAAAAGGCCCUGCACCAUCAGCCCCAGCCAGCGCUUCAGUCCCAGCACCGGCCUCCCUGCUCACCCGCCUCCCAACGGGCUCCCGACGCACCCUCCCAAUGGCCUCCCCCACCCACAGAACCCUCAAAUGGCCCCUCAGCAUUACCGCUUGGAGGACAUGGCGCUGGCGCACCAAUACAGAGACGCUUACAGACAUAACGAACACAGAGACGGCCGAGACAGACACCGACAGACAGCAGUGCACGGAGCCCGCCAAGAGGAAGUGAUCGAUCACCGUCUCACAGAUCGAGAAUGGGCAGAAGAAUGGAAGCAUCUUGAUAACCUCCUCAACUGCAUCAUGGACAUGGUCGAGAAGACGCGCCGCUCUCUGACCGUGCUGCGACGCUGCCAGGAGGCGGAUCGGGAGGAGAUGAACCAUUGGAUACGGCGCUACAGCGACGUGGAGGAGAUGAAAAAAGGUGGGAGCAACGGACAGCACUGCCUUCCUCCUCCUCCUCCUCUUCCUCAUCACAACUCCUCCUCCAACACAGCUAGCAGCAGUGAGGCACUGCCCAAAGGAGCUUCUUCCGCUGCUGACAGGCAGACAGGCAGACAGACAGAGAUCCACAGAGACUUUCUACACAGACCUCCGUCGGGAUACCUGCCGGAGGAAAUCUGGAGAAAAGCUGAGGAAGCCGUGAACGAAGUAAAGCGACAAGCGAUGUCGGAGCUGCAGAAGGCCGUGUCAGACGCUGAGAGGAAAGCUCACGAGAUGAUUUCGGCAGAACGCUCGAAAAUGGAGAGGGCCCUGGCUGAGGCCAAGAGGCAAGCCUCCGAGGACGCGCUCACAGUCAUCAACCAGCAGGAGGACUCCAGUGAAAGUUGCUGGAACUGCGGGAGGAAAGCCAGCGAAACGUGCAGCGGCUGCAACACAGCUCGCUACUGCGGCUCGUUCUGCCAACACAAAGACUGGGAGAGGCACCACCAUGUCUGUGGUCAAGGCCUGCAAGGUCUGCCAGGGGGCAGCAGUGUUCCUCUUGGCACCCCCUCCCCAUCUUCGGCGUCCAGCGCACCCCCUACACACACAGAGAGCACGCCUCCGGGUCCGCUGUCGCUGGCGGGCCAGAGCGGUCUCGCGGCGGCGGGGGGCGGCGGCGGCGGCAGCAUGUCGGCCAGCCCCAAGGAGAGCAGUUCGAGUAGCGCCUCUCGGUCCACCACUCCAGCCACACCCGCACUACUCGAUGCCACAUCCCGUUGAAUUGUGAUCCUGUUCCCUGUUCUGACGGUGGCCACGCUCCACACAAAACCAAACGGAGGAAUCUUCAUCUCACAUAUGACCCCUGUCCUCCUCCCACAAUGUAGACCUUUUUUCCUUUUUUCCUUUUUUUUUUUUUAAGUUCUGAUAACCGAAGUCCGUCUUUUGCAACCAUGAUUACAAACAUCGUGGCUUUGGGAUUCAGUGUCGUGUAACUGUUGAAAAGCACAAGGACGAGUGACGGUAACAUAUCAUCAUGUUUGGUGGCAACCCGGAGACUUGACUGGCGCUCUUAAGGGCUCUGUUAAGACUCGGGGGGGAUGACGAGAUCAAUUAGCACUUCAACGUCAUCAUAAUUUCGCUCCGACGAGAGCACCCAGAGCUGUUAUAGGCACUGACAGUCCUGAUCUUCUCCGGUCUCCAAAUGCUAACAAGCUAAGGAUAUUGAGCUUUUUUUUUGUUUGUUUGUUUGUUUUUCUUCAAAUACAAUGAGCGAAGGGGAAAAACCUGCGAUGCCGUUCCUCAGAAACACAACUUUGUAUUUAUGAAACACUUCUUUCUGGCUUUAAGGGGAAAACAAAGAACAGUCCAAAUAUUCUAAAUGAGAGAGAGAGAAAAAAAAGUGAUGAUACUGACGUUGAUCACCAUCAUAAUGACAUGAAACGAAAUGAGUUUUAAACUGCUAACUACCUUGCUAGCGAGCCAAGAAAAAAAAAAAAUCUACGCCGGACUCACCUCUCGAAACCAUUGUGAACCCAAAUGAAUUCAAAGAUGAAAAACAACCUGAUCCAAACCUUUGUAUGACACUGCCAAAGUGCGUAAGCGAUAAAGAGAAGCACUCCUAACCAAACGCAAAGCAACAUCACCUCCUCAGCAGAAAAGGCGGGCCCGUGAGAGAAAGAGAGCGAGAGCCGGGCUGCGGAGCGCCAGUCGGCCUCUGCUCUGUCGCUGCCUUCUGCGCCGUGGACGAGACUUCAGCAACGCUUCAGUGACGGCCCAGACUCGUGAACAUAUGGACAACGCUGUGAACGACUUGAUUGAAACGGACCGAGGCCUCACCCCAAUGAGAUUUGUGUGACAAUGGGAAGCAAAAAAAAAAAAAAAGAAAGAGGGGGGGGACUUCAAUGGAGAUCAAGUUCCAUACACGACAAUGUAGCUACCAAAAACCUCGAUCUGUCGGAGCAUCCAGCAGAACACGUGUGAGCAUUGUUUGCGUAUGUUUAAUUUUGAAUCUCCAACGGUGAGGUGAUUUUACCUUGACAUUCACACACCUUUUUUUCCAAAGCACGACGAACAGAGCCAAGAGAAGGGCGGUGCAGACUCUCCUCUUUUUCUACCUCCCUUCCACCCCACAUGUCGCAAAAAACUUUGGCCCGACGACUUGACUCGAGUCGGCCGACCCCCACCCAGCCCGCUUUGGAAUUCACAUCAGAGCAGGACAGCACGGGAAAGGGAAUGGAACCCGCUUGUAGAUAUUGCUCCUCUUUGCAUUUUGGGUUUUCAAUCGUCUAUUGUCGUUCACGUACACAUGACUUUGUGUGUCAUCCGGGAAAUUUUCUUUUGUUAGUUUUCCUUUUCCUUAUCAUGGGGAACGGACAGCGGGCAGGGUCCGGGCAAGGACGCUUGUCUCUGAGAGGAAGCCCCCCCACAUUGUCCUCAUUGUUUGAUUUGUUUUAUCGACGUCGAUGAGACGAAACCCCUCUUGUAGAAUAUUUUGUAUCGCUCGCAUUGUAAGACAGUGAGAGGACGGAGGUGCAAUAUGAAGAGAAUUCAGCUACUGAAUGGAACCUCAGCAACUGCCCGUAGGGUGUCAUAUAAUAGAGAUACAUAUAAAUAUAUUUAAAGUAACAUCGGUAACUUAAUGUGAAUGUACAUAGUAUUUAAAGAGGUCCAAAAAUGUGUUUGCCAAAUAACAGAAACCUUUAAAGUUUAAUGUCCAGAAUAUGAUUUUCUCACAGUACAUUUGUUUCUCCAAUGUAUCAAUGACUCCUUUUUAUUUUAUUAUUGUUAUGAUUGGUUUUGUUUUGUUUUUCAUAGAUAAUUCAAAUGCAUUUCUUCUGUGGAGUAGAUGUAGGGGGAAAGUACAUUCUGACAGAUCAAGUGUGCGUGAACUGCAUGACUUCCAGAAACACACCAAUUCGGCUUGAAUGAACGAACCGAAGGCAAAAAUCUGUCACAUUGUCAAGAGGUGUGAUAAGUGUUGAUUCUCAUCAAAUAGGAGGGGGCGGAUAUUUUCAGUUUAACGCACUUCCUCGACACCCGGGUCUGCUCCGUCCCACAGGAAGGGGACUCAAGUCGUCUAGUUCACAUCUGAUUUAGCCCCAUUUCUUGUUUCAAUUGAAUCCUGUGAAAUGUCGUCGCUCAUUUCGAACAGUUCCUCUGUCGCCAUUUCUCUUCGUCACUCUUCCGGUGUGUUUGUUACCUCCAGCUGCAGUCAAAACGUUUGAAAGUAGGAUUAAACCGGCAUUCAGAUGAAGUUGAGCCAAAGUCAGAGGUUAAUUGGACUCUCCUUGGUUUUCGAUGUUGUUUUUGACCAUUGUUUGACAGAUGACAAACAUUUGAGGGAAGAAAACGAUGUCGGACUUGAGGAUCCUAUGGCCUUUUCCCACCCAGAUUUUGAGCGUUCCCUCGGUUGAUUAGCAACCUUGGGCUUUUGCUGAGUGGAGAAUAGGGGCCACGUGGCCCCCAUUCGGGCAAAUUUGGUUCUCAAAGACACUUUAAAAGUCCCAACGGAGGGCCACAGUGACGACCUGGUGCUGACGCUGCAACGAAGCCGCAAGCUUCCGCUGCAUCCACGUGUAGCAUUUCUUUUGUCAGCGCGACAAAAUGGCCUCUUUGAUGUGGCGUUGACCCGGGGGCCGACGCCAGAGCACUCUUCACUUGCUACCUCCUGAGACCAUACAGCUAAUCACCAGGAGAGCUUCACCUGGACUUUGAAAAGAUGGGCUGGGUGCAGACAUGGAAGUACACACCCGCGCCGCUGAAUCCAUCGCCCGCUGGGGUAUCGAAAGGCCUUGCCACUGCCACCGUGUCCGUCGGACGUCUCGUUUGUGAUCCGUCGGUGAAACAGCAACCAAACAUAUCACUGAACACGGCACGAACCACGACUUGCCAUUUGUCAUCCCAAACCAAUAAAAGCGCAGACCAAAGUGCAUUGCCAUAAGCGGCUUUGACCUAUUGUAGCGACGCCGAACCCCAUUGGGGAAAGUUCGAGCUUCGCCGCAGUCAACCAAAGUGUCUGAGAUGCAAACAGUCAGAGCGCAGGAGCCGAGAGCGAACGAACCAUUUUAAACGUUCGACGGGCAUUCGGAAUCGUGUUUCCGCGGCGAUGAAAGCAUCUCCUUUGGAAAGCCGACCGUUUGUAUAUCCUCGCAGUGACAAAGCCUUGCAGAGAUGAAAUUAAUGACUGGUGAGCAUGCGUUCUGGUGUGAAUAGAGUGUGGUUUUAUACGACAAUUUUUUUCCCUUUUUUUCCACGUCUUUGUACUUGAAACCCUCCAAGCUUUAAUAAAAGACCCCAGGCAGACGACUGGCAGAGAUUCACAAUACGUCGCGACGGUAUCUGUGUCAUGUGCUGUGUUUCUAAACGAUAUCGGCAUGAAAAAAGCAUUUCAGUGGCAACACCUUUCCAAACGCCAUCAGCGCGUGUGCACCCUUGUCUGCAUCGAAGUCCUCCAAGAAACAAACCAAACCCAACAGACCACUUAGAAAUGACCAAAAUACAACCAAAAGCUAUUUGCUUCCAUUGUACUUAACGGUGGUGUUUUUUUUUCAUUUGAGCAUCAGUUGGAGGCGGAUGCGGGAUGUGAAGCUACGUUCGCACACAAAGCAAGCAGACCCGAAGAGCAGCUGAACUGUGACAAUAUGUUCAUGAGGGCGUGUCCGAUACGUUGUGUCAAACAAUUGUCAUAUUCUUUUCUCUGCACUCUGUGAAACUAAUUGGGCUCUGCUGUUGCGAAUACCUUGGAAGGCUCUCCACUUGACAUCAGUCACUAUCUAACUGUGGGUUUCAUUUGGGCAAAUAGCAUGUUAAAAAAAAAAAAAAAAAAAAAGACAUAUUUUAGGAGGUUGCCAAUUGGAGCAUCCUCGACCGUUAACAGUAACCAAUGACGUCUCGAGAAGUGACGACGAGUCCUUCCUGUGACACAGGCAUUGCCGAAUAGCUGAAGGUUAAUGUGCUAAAGGUCAAAGCACUUGUGUACUCCCCCAAAAAAGUCAUGGCUCAGGACGAUCCCCGUUUUUACCUUUACAUAAAAUGAAAACGAGGGUGUCUGACAGCAUUCUAUACUGUACUGUGCAAUACACUAUGACAUGGAAAAAAAAACAAUUCUGUCGGAAGGUUGACGGAAAAUCUGAAAAUCUUUCUUCUUUGUUUGAUUUCUCUCUCUUCGAGUUCCUGUUGCCGUUUUUUAGAUGAAGUAAACUGUGCCAGAGGAAUUAAAUUCUGAUUUGUAUUUAUUUCUUGCAUGCUUUCCUCCCUGUUGCUAAUACCGCUCUUUAACUGUUCGCUCUGUUGGAUGUGUGACGCUGUAAAACAUUCUAAUUCAGGUUAUUGUCUGUGUUGAACAAUGUAACUGUGUAAUUAAAAUAUGAAAUGAAA